AUGGUGUUAAGUAAGCCUAAUCAAUUAAAACAAUCUUGCGGAACCCUAUCAUCAUAUACCUGGACAUGUAUGGUUUUGAAUUUCCUUCAAAUGUGUUAUCCUCCAAUAUUACCAGUAUUAAAAGUUGAUAGAAAAAAUGAAGAUGAAGAUAUUGAUUUGUUGAAAGUUGGCUACAAAAAUAAUGAAUCAAUUGCUACUGCUGCAAAUUGUAUUAUUCAAGCUGCUUGUAUGGCAAUUAAGCAAAAUAAUAUCAUAUCUGCUCUUAGCGAACUCAUACCAGAUUUUGCCAAAUGUUUAGCUUGUAAUGCUUGA